GGUGGGGUUUGGAAGAUGUGGGCAUGGCUUUGGGAUCCGAUCAGGUGACUUCUGGGGGCGCCACCUCGCCUAUAAGUCCGGGCUCCAAGUUCGUGCUGGCUCACAGCUCGGCUUCUCCAGCGGCCCAGCAUCUCUCUCUCUCCGUGCGAUCUACUUCCUGCCUGUCCUUGCAAGAUGGCAUGCCCACUCGAUCAAGCCAUUGGCCUCCUGGUUACUAUUUUCCACAAAUAUGCAGGCAAAGAGGGUGAUAAAAACACCCUCAGUAAGAAAGAGUUGAAGGAGCUGAUCCAGAAGGAGAUGACCAUUGGACCCAAAUUGAAUGACGCAGAGAUCCAGAGACUCAUGUGCGAUCUGGACCGUAACAAAGACGACGCUGUGAACUUUCAGGAGUAUGUCACCUUCUUGGGUGCCGUAGCCAUGAUUUACAACGAAGCUUUGACACAGUAAGCUGGGCCAGACAGCUUGGGAGGUUGUGAUCUCGAAAAAUGCCUCUAUAGAUGGUUCCAAUAUCUAAUAAAAAUUAAGUUUUGUACAGUU